AUGUUUCUGGCUUCUGAGAAAUCUCGGAGCUACAACAACAUCAUGGUGGUGUUGGACUCUUCCGCGUUCCAGCACCCUGGUGUGUCAUCGUCAGGGCCUAAGAUGGUCUCUGAACUGUUAAGAUUAUAUUGCCCUCCUAGACUUAAUGGCGCUGACGGUGUUCAUUCUCGAAAUUCAACGAAACACGAUCGAAACUCCUCAAGAGCCGGUCUCUCGGAUGUAGCGCUACCAGCUCUGGUCCAACUAGGGCCUUUUCGAGUCGCCUGUAGCAGAGCGUUUGUCACCCUCAUCCACAAUGGCAGCGCAAAAGUCAUCUCCCAGGCUGUGACUUGCAGCCCGUCUCCUAGUCGUGUUGGCGACAUCGGUAUGGAAACUCUCGGCCUGAAGACGCAUGGAAAAUGGGGUCAUAACGAAUCAAAUGGAACGACGGAUGGCUCUCGCAUUGUCGGGGAUUUGACGAAGGAAGAUCAAUUUAAAGGUCACCCCUUCGUUCUUCGAUUCCCCGAAACGCGGUUUUAUGCUGAGAUUCCUCUCACCAGUCCCCGCUGGGGUACAUUCGGCACUUAUUGCGUGGUGGAUGAGGAGGAUCGCGUCUUAUUAGAGGACGAGAAUAUCACGGACCUCAAAGAUGUUGCCGAUGCGAUUGUUCAGCAUCUUGAAAAUGUCUACACUGUGCAUUGUCAGGCCCGGCCGGACCGCCUGCUCCGUACCCUCAUGACCGUCAAAGGCCUUCCCAGUGUCGACGACAUCGAGCAACAGGAUUCAGAACCACCGGCGCAAGCCCAGUCUGGAUUGUCUGAGAAGAUGGAUCACCUUUCAAUUGUAGUUAAGGAACUACAUGAUAUACCUCCCAUGUCGACAAGGGUUCAUCAGCCAGAGUUCCCAUUCUUUCAACAACAUGAACAAGUUUUCAACCUCCCACCAGCUCGAGAGAAACACCAAGAACACCUGAGGAGAUGUUCUACCGCAUCGAACCACUUGGUGACGGUGCCAGAAAAAGUCACUCCCUCACCUCUCAGUUCUCUGCUCUUUUCUAGAGCUAGCUCGUUGCUUCAAAGCGCGAUGGAACUGGAUGGAGCUUUGUUCCUGGACGCCUCAAGAAGUAACUCUAGGCGGUUUUCUUCAACCAGCGGUAGUGACUGGGAUGCGCAGUCUAAAGAUGGCAAUGGAACCAUUUCGACACAUUCAUCUAUAUUAUCAUCUCACGGUGGUUGGUCUGAAAAGCUGUGCGAGCCACUGGGGCUAUCACUGUCGCAGUCGCAGAAAGCAGGCUCUUCAUUCAAGCUUGUUAUAACGGAGGCAUUGCUACAUGAUCUUUUCACGUGGUUUCCACAGGGUGAUAUCUUCUAUACCGAUCCUUCCAUACAAUCUCCCUCUGUCCAACCUACCUACAGCGAUGGAUCCGCUGAUGAGCAUGAACACCCAGCGAAUUUUAUUGCUGCGACGCGCCUUGCAAGGGAUUUUCCAGAUGCCAGGUCACUCAUAUUCUACCCUUUGUGGAACUGGGACAGAUCUCGCUGGCUGGCUGGUAUUGUGAUCUGGACAGGCGACAAUGAAAGGUUGCUCGACGAAGAUGAUAUGUACUACUUGAAAACGUUCGCGGAUUUGGUCACCGCCGAAUACCUGCAGAUUGGGUGGACAGCCACGGAAAAGUCCAAAUCAGACUUGCUCUCCUCUGUCAGUCAUGAACUUCGGUCGCCUUUGCACGGUAUGCUCGCUAGUGCCGAAUUGCUACAAGCCACUACUCUCGAAUCAGUCCAGCGGGAUAUGGUGGCUAUGAUUGAGACAUGCGGCCUCACUUUGCUGGAUACGAUGAACCACUUGCUGGGCUUUACAAAAAUAAAUAACCUCACCAAUAUUUCACGCCUUCAAAAAGACAGAACGGAGAACCAAGAGGUAGAUGUUGAUCACCUGGUUUCCGAGUUCGACCUGGGCGCAUUGGUUGAAGAGGUGGCUGACGUUUUGUACUCGGGUCACCGAUCCCGCAUCAAUGCUUCGAAGAUCGCUGGUCGCUAUCUUGACAGCGGAACUGGCGUCAGCAGUCGCACGGUCAGUUCAGAAAGUAAUCAGUCAGAUGAUUCCAAUGACCUUUCUGUUGUCGUUCGCAUCGAAGAGCAACCAUCCUGGGUUAUCCAGUCGGUGUCAGGCGGAUUGCGCCGGGUCGUUAUGAACCUUAUCGGAAACUCUUUCAAAUUCACCCAAUCUGGGCUGAUUGAAGUCUGCUUAUCCCAACGAGUUGACCGUGCCAAUGGAUCAAAGUCGGUGCAGGCGCACCUCUCGAUCAAGGAUACGGGCUGCGGCAUCUCCCCUGAGUUUUUAGAGGAUAAGCUCUUCCAGCCUUUCAUGCAAGAGAACGACUUAACAGAAGGGGUUGGGCUCGGGUUAAGUAUCGUCCGACAGACGAUUUCAUAUCUUGGUGGCACUAUCGACAUCAGGAGCGAGGUGGGGGUGGGCACACAAGUUGAUGUUUUUAUUCCUGUCGAGUUGAUUCAGAGUCCUUCCGAUGAUCUCCACUCAAUGCUUAAUAGCCAGAGCAUGAAGACGACCACUCGAGUCUGCCUGAUCGGCUUGAAUGGAUUCGCUGGCCUUGAUGGCGUCCCAACUCAGGUUUUGAGCACCGAUGCCAAACGCAAACUCUCUAUCUGGGGCGCGCUAAGCAAUGUGCUUCUGAGCCAUUCCGGCUGGGCAGUCUCGUUUGCUGAUUCGAUUGAGAAGUCAGCUGGUGACAUCGGAGUUAUGGAGGAGUCAAUGUUGAAGAAGCUUUCGAGGAAUGGUGACGUUCACGCACACUUUAAAACCGUUAUCAUCCUUGGCCAGCACGGGGUAUCUCUGCCAGGCAACUUUGCCAUCAAAGGAGCAGAUGUCAUCUACCUAUCGCAACCAAUCGGUCCUCGCAAAAUCAACGACGCACUGCGGCGGUAUAAAGUUUCACACCAUGAAUCCAGCCCCUCUACUGAGACUCCUGUAUCUGGUCCUUUCCCCGGCAUUCCCACCCGUGGGCGAUCCUUGUCAGAUGCGUUUGCUCUUGCGAAGGGCACCGAGUCGCCGCCUGUGGUAAAGGAUAGUGUGUCCAAUUACUCUCCUCCAUCCCCCCGAGACACGCAAGGAACGGAUCUACAUAUUUUGCUUGUAGAUGACAACGACAUUAACCUGAAGAUCCUGUCAACUUUCAUGCGAAAAAUCGGCUGUAGCUUUGAGACAGCCAACAACGGACUGGCCGCAUUUGAAAAAUACAAGGAAUCGAGCGGAAAUUAUGACUACGUCUUGAUGGACAUUUCCAUGCCAAUCAUGGACGGAGUAGUCUCCACAAGCAAAAUCCGCGAGUACGAAGAACAACAUUCCCUUCCCCGGGUGGCCAUCAUGGCAGUGACGGGGGUUGCAUCAAGCAGCAUGCAGCAACAGGCCUUUGCGGCCGGCAUAGACGAUUAUCUGAAGUUGCAGGACCUCUACUCCCUAGCCCUCACCACCGUCUCCUCGCUCCUCAGAAAACACACCAUCGACCCCAACACCAUCGGCCGCCUCGAAGUCGGCACCGAGACCCUCCUCGACAAAUCCAAAUCCGCCAAAUCAGUCCUCAUGUCCCUUUUCCCCGAUAACCCGGACAUCGAAGGCAUCGACACCUACAACGCCUGCUACGGGGGCACCAGCGCGGUCCUCAACGCCGUGAAUUGGAUCGAGUCGUCGUCGUGGGACGGACGCGAUGCGAUCGUUGUUGCCGGGGAUAUCUCGUUGUAUGAUACGCCCGCGGCACGACCGACAGGCGGAGCUGGGUGCGUGGCGAUGCUGAUCGGGGCUGAUGCGCCGGUCAUGGUGGAGCCGGUUCGUGCGAGCUAUAUGCGCCAUGUGUAUGAUUUCUAUAAGGGAGAUUUUGGGUCUGAGUAUCCGCUUGUUGAUGGGCAUUUCUCGAAUCAGUGCUAUAUGCGGGCGUUGGAUGGGUGUUAUGGGGGUUUUAGGGAGAAGGUGAGACGGCGGAGUGGGUAUGGUGAGAUGGAUGCUCAUGCGACUGAUAAGCGUCCACAAAAAGAGGGUGAAAAGGAAGGGGGAAUCGACAUGUUUGAUUUCUUCAUCUUUCAUGCCCCGAAUUCGAAGAUGGUUGCUAAAGCUUACGGUCGACUCCUGUUCAACGAUUACCGCUCCAACCCGGGCGCCUUUGACACGGACUCUGUCCCUGCGGAAUACGCUACUAUGGACGUGGACAGCUCGUUGACCGACAAGGGUGUUGAAAGGCUGUUCAUGUCUUUGUCCAAGACGAAGUUCACAGAGCGCGUCAGUCCCUCGCUGACUAUCCCGGCCAACUGUGGCAACAGCUAUACGGGCAGCGUAUGGGCCGGACUCGCAAGCCUGUUAAGCAACAUCUCGAGCGAGACUUUACAGAACAAACGCAUUGGGGUGUAUAGUUAUGGAGCUGGGCUGGCGAGUACACUUCUGACUUUGCGAGUACGGGGGGACAUCGAGGAUAUCGCUCAGAAGUUGAAUCUACACGCGAGGCUAGCGGCCAGGACGGAGGUGACGCCGGAAUUUUACAACGAAAUGUGUCAACUUCGUGAGCAGGCUUAUCAGGCAAAAAACUACCCGCCCAGGGGCAGCGUGGAGGAUCUUGCGCUGGGGACGUAUUAUCUGGUCCAUGUUGACGAUCAGUUCCGACGGCAGUAUGAGGUGAAAUUUUAA